CAAACUGUGGCACAUGAUGGGAAAGAAACACACCAUGAAAUCAAGCAGAGGUUUGGUGGCUGACAGUGGUUUGACAGAGAAAUUUACAUUUAAUCCUAAAGAGGGAAUAGACAACCCAGCGAUGGUCAUCACAGAUGAUGCAGGCUCUGUGUGGACGCCCAUCCCACGCUCGUGUAUCCUGAAACGCGAGGAUGGCGAGUUCUACGGCUUCCAUCUGCGUGUGGAGAGGGGCCGUCAGGGACACAUAAUUAGUCAUGUGGUAUCAGGUGGGGUCGCAGAGCGUAGCGGCCUUCGAGACGGAGACAGACUGCUAGAAGUCAACAACUGCUAUAUUGAUGAUGUUCCUCACCCUGAGGUGGCUAGGAAGAUAAAGGUAAGCGGACGCCAGUUGUGUUUAUUAGUGCUGGAUGGAGAGGAUUAUGAACGGGCUGUGUCCCGAGGUCAGGACCUGCAACGUCUGGCCCACAUGGAUGAGAGCUGCAAACCACCCAGGCUUUGUCACAUCACCAGGGAUCCUGUCUCAGGUCUGGGCAUCACCGUUACUCCUUUGGAAGGAGAGAAAGGUCGCUUUGUAGUGAACCCAGUGGCAGGAGGUGCAGCUGAAAAGGCAGCGGUGCGUCAGGGAGAUCGGCUGGUGUGGAUAGACGGAGCGAUGGUGUCUGAUCUCACACACUCCGCACUCAGCAAAAUGAUGAAGAAAUGUGGUGAUCACAUCACCAUCUUAGUGAUCGACAGCAAGAGUGAAAAGAAGUACACGCAAAGGCGGCUCCCCGUCCUGCCCACCAUGGCUACCCCUCAUCAGCUACCUUAUAGAGCCCGAACACUCCACCUGACCUCUGUGUCUGAGAGCUUUGGUUUUCUUCUACGGCUGGAGAAAGUGCCAUCAGGACGCACAUAUCACGUCCUGCGUGAAACGACCAGAGGCAGUCCUGCAGAGAGGGCGGGUGUGAGGGAUGGAGAGCUGCUGCUGGAGGUCAACGACGAGUCAGUGGAGUCACUGAAGCACGAGGAGGUUGUGGACAGAGUGAAGCUGAGCGGACGAGAGGUCCGUCUCACCACCAUCACUCCCAAGGGGCUAGAGUUUUAUACGCAGCUGGGUCUGUCUCCGCUUCUUUUCUGUGAGGAUGAUGCAGCUGAUGAAGGAAAGGAGAGUAGUGUGCUGACUUCUGUAGAGGAGAACUCGCCACCAAAGGAAACGCAUGCCUCAAGUCAUCUUAGACUCUGCUCUCUCCAGAAAGACCCUUUGGGAUUUGGCUUUAAAUUAGGCUGUGACCCACAGAGUCCUGGGACUUUCAUCAGUCAGGUUGCUUCUGGGGGUCCUGGGCAGAGUGCUGGACUGCUUGUGGGUGACGUAGUGAUGGAAGUCAAUGGACAAAGUGUGGAAGGAAAACCUCUGGAAGAUGUGACUAUGCUUGUGGAAGAAGCAGGAGGAAGAAGAUAACGAGAUCUCAGCUUUGUGAGCGGAACAGAUAUAAACCUCGAAGACAUUUCCCAGCACGAUGCUCCCACUCAAGAAUUCCAGAUUUUAAUCCUUGCCAACAUUUUCAACACACAACUUCACUUAGAUAGGAUGCAAUCAAACUAGAAACAAAAUGCUUCACGGCUUAAACGACUCUCUGGUUAAACAACAACAAAUGGCCCUCCCCCCUCCCAUACCAUGGUGGACUUGAAGCUCUUUCCCCCCACGUCCACUGCUUAAACAGUUUUUUGUGUUUAAUGCUACUUUAAACACCUGACUGAUCAAAUUCUCCCAUCACAAGAAAGAUUUUUGAAAGCCUGAAACAGACCAGAUGCAAGUACGAGAGCUCUCUUUAAAGGCAUUUGUAUCAUAUUUGAUACAUUUAAUAGUUUUUGGGACUUGUGAUCUUUUCCCCUGAAAAAGCAAAAUGAAUAACACAAAACAUUCUUGAGCAAAGAUUAAAAAACAAAAAGAUGUAGCAAAUAUUGUGCAAUUAAAUCAAUUUCAUCAACACUCCAAUAAAAAAAUAAUGAUGUUCAGGCUUUAUUAAUAACACUGAGUGUUGCAGGCAGGAUUGGACCCAAACGAGGUGAACUUAAGAAACUCGGUUUAUUACAGGAAAAUACGAAGAACAAAAACUAACGGAACUGGGAAAACAAAUAAACUAACAGGCAGGCAAACAAAAGACACAGCGAGACCGAGGGUGAGCAGACAUUAACAGUACGACAGAGAACGAAGGAAACACGGGGCUUAUAUACACAGGGAGUAGUCAGGGAAUGGAAAACAGCUGGGAGGGAUUGGACUGACGAGGUAAAACUGAACACUCUGACACCAGACACGAACCUUCAAAGUAAAACAGGAAACAAGAAACAAUUUACAAGGACGCAGACUGACACUGAUCUAAAUCUAGAAUAAUAAUCAAAAUAGCACAACUACAGAACCAAAACAUAAAUCAUAAUACAGAAAUAUACCAAAAUAUAAGAAACUGACCCAGAACCGUCACAAUGAGGAGAAGAAAUCACACUUUUGUUGUGGCUUUUCAUAACAGGUGAAUUCUCCAGAACAGUCCCACAUAUACGAUACACAUAAAAGUAGAAACACAAUUCAAACUACAGUAAUACGCACAUUUUAUUGUAUUUUUUCUAAAACAACGUUUAUCUGAAAAUGUCAUUUACAUCAGUGAAAACGCACUUGGAGUGCAGAGGAUGCUUUUUCAGUGCCUGUAAUGAACUGCACAGACAAAGACACAAAACAAAGAAAAUGAAAAUGAUAAUGAAGUUUCCAGUGAUUGUCUCCUUUCAGACUAUAAUUCCCAACUUUGUACAUCUACAAAAAUUCUUUGGUCUAGAUUUUCAGCUUUCCUCCUUCCAGCUCACUCAUCCUCCCAACGUUUGAUGAUGUAGUUUUUCUUUUUAAAGAAAAUAAAAUCCUGGAGACUUUGUUUUGCAGCAAAACAAAACAGUAAUCAUUGUUUAACAAAAUAUGAACAUUUUAUUGGGCAAAAUGAGCUACAAGGUGAAAAAAAUCAAAAAGGAAUGUUUCCAUAUCAGGAGGCUAAUACGACUAAUGCAGUUAUUCAUAUAUACACAUGUGCUUCAAGAAAGCAGAGGAUUAACCAUACAAAGAAACAAUAUGUUCUAUGUUUUUCUUUAAGCAAGACAAAAUGAUUAGUGAAACUAAAAUAUAACAGCUGGUCACUUUUAACAGGAGAAACCUUCGGUAAGAACCAGGCUCAGAGAGGAGCAACCAGGCUCCGGCUGGGGGUGAGGGGAGACAGGAAAUGAGAAACAAAACGAGAGCAGAGAAAAACAGGACAAAACACACACGACAAGCGUUGAUGACAAUCAGCUGUGAUGUCCAAACACACUGUGAGUGAGACUGAAACACUCAGUGCACUGAGCAUCGUCCCAUGAUGCACUGAGCAACAGUCUUGGGCUAUAAUUCUUAUCCAAGUGAUCCAUCAAGGAGGAAGGUUUAGAGUCUAAUCUGCGUCUGCAUGUCUCGGGAUGUUGUCACCAGGAUAAAAAAUACUAUUAAAAAAUUGAGUUGGACUGUUCCAAAAGCCAGUGUCAGCCUCUCCCUGACAGCUCCACUUUAUGCAUGCUUAUUAAUCUGUCACACCAUCAGUGGCUCGUGGUCACUUAAUUAAAGCCUAUGUACUACAGAGGCAGAGCAGCAUUCAGUCCUAGCUGCCUUUCUUGGCAGAUCUCUGCUUUCUCUGCAGCGAGACAGCUCAAAACCUUUUAUCAGUCUUUCCUGACCUGGUGCUCCUAUAUAAUCUGCUAUGAUGGGAAAAGCUUGAUUUACAUUAAAAACAUCUUGUUGUCUAAAUACCCUGAAAUUUGUUGUUAUAUUGAGUCAGAAAUGUAAAGAAUUAUAAAUGCUGCAUAGUAUCGUCCUUAGUCAUGAAUGGCUUUCACUGGAAUACAUCCGUUCUGUACAUACAAAGGGAACAACAGCUCCUGUGUUGCACUGCUACAUUGUCUUAUCUAAUGUAUGUUUAUCAUGUUAAAAGUCUGACUUAUUAUUCAAAUGACCAUUUUUUCAAAGAGAGAAAAAAGAUAAAAAGUUGAUUCUAAUGAUAGACUAUCCUUUCAACAUUUAUUUCUGUACUCAGUUUAAUUUGAUGUUUAACUUAUGUCCCAUGGUUUAAUAAAAAUCACAUUAAAAUUAUGUGGUGCUACAAGAAAAA